UGGCAGCGGAGCGUCGGUGCAGCGCGGCUCCGUAUAGCAGCUCCGGCACUUUCUACGCGUUUAGUAUGUAAUAAACAACCGAGUCUGACCGCUGGAGUUCAAAUUGACACUGAAACCCGGGCUUCAGGAGGACUUUAAUCCGAGUGGAAAAGGGGAAAUAGAGCAGCUAUGGCACUCCGGUCCGUUUGGAAGUACUGCGUUGUGUUGUUCUCGCUUCUCCUGCUCUCCUUCCUGCGCACAGCACGGGGCCAGGCAGUGCAGGCUGAAAAUGUGACGGUUUUGGAGGGUGGUACUGCACAGAUUUCCUGUCGGCUACAGAAUUACGAUGGGUCUAUAGUGGUGAUCCAGAACCCACGUCGACAGACGCUGUUCUUCAACGGCACAAGAGCUCUAAAGGAUGACCGCUUUCAGAUGGUGUCGUUCUCGCCACGGUUGGUGCUCAUUACACUGAGCAAUGUGAGCGUGACGGACGAGGGUGGCUACUUCUGCCAGCUCUACACAGACGCCACGCACCACCAGGUGGCUACGCUGUCAGUGGUGGUGCCCCCUGAGGUGCCCUCUGUAGAGGUGAAGAGCGAAGCGGUGGAGGGUGGAGAGGUUGAGAUUACCUGUGUGUCCCAGAGGAGUAAACCUCCCGCUACGCUCCGCUGGGUCAGAGACCGACGAGAGAUUCCAGGUGUGGUGUCUCAGCAGGAGAAUGGAAAAACUGUAAGUGUGUCCAACACCAUACGUAUUCCUGUGGAGAGGAAGGACAACGGCGCUGCUCUGAGCUGUGAGGUGUCCCACCCAGCACUCGUGGGCCAAAAGAGAGUCCGCCAUUACCGUCUGGACGUCCACUUUGCGCCAACUGUGAGGAUCAACCCACCUCAAGGCAUUCUGAGAGAGGGGGACUCGCUCAGCCUGACCUGUACUGUCACUGGAAACCCACUGCCACGGGACAUCCAGUGGUCACGAGUGAACGACACCCUCCCUGAAAGGGCAGAGAUAUCCGGUACCACACUCGUCAUGUCCCGUCUAAGCCAGUCACAUAACGGCACCUACCUGUGCCAGGCUCACAACAACUACGGGCGUGCAGCUGACCAAUACACGCUGCUGGUGUACGACCCCGGGGCGGUGGUGGAGACCCACAGUGCAGUACCGUAUGCAGUCAUAGGAGGCGUACUGGCUUUGCUGGUCUUCACCGUCAUCUGCGUGCUCAUCGUCACCAUCUGGUGUUCCGUCCGGCAAAAAGGUUCAUACCUCACACAUGAGGCGAGCGGGCUCGACGAGCACGGAGAGGUACAGGAAGCAUUUCUCAAUGGGAACGACACCAGUCAGGGCAAGAAGGAGUAUCUACUGUAACAGCCACCGAUUGACGGCAACGGCGUUCACUCCACAGAAACACAAAUACACACCAUUCACAUAUACAUUAACACACACACACACAAACACACACAUAUACACAUGUACACACAAAUAGCCAUGUGGCGACCCACCACACCAGUGCCAUGUAAGGGAGAGAGAGUGUGGAGGGGAGAAUAACUAAGAUUAGGAGGCAGAACAGAGUGUAUGUAAAGCCUGGUUUAUGCUUCAUCAGAAGUGCUCCAGAAGCCUUGGAUCUUAACGAUUUUUAAAACCUGUAGUAGGUGUUCUCCUGUCAGUCAAACAAGGGGGCAAGUAGUAAACAGGGUGUGGUAAAUACACAACACAACAUUCCUUUCUGCAUGCACUACACUCAUGUUGGCAUGUGAAGCCAUUGCCAUCUGGUCAUCAUUGAAUUCUAAUUAAUUAACACAUACAGAAGGUCACGCUAUACACUAUGUAUUUUUUCACCACUGCUGGUUUUCUACCCAAACAGUAUGAGUGGCAAGGAGGUUACACCCCAACUGGCCUUCCCUCCCCCCUCAGACACAGUCAACUGUGUCUGUUGUGCACUAGACAAUUAGGGCCACCAGAAAACACUAAAUACAAGACAGACAUACAACCUGAGUGGCAAUCCAUUCCAGGGCAUCACACACUCAUACUUUUACUCAACCAUUGAGGUACAUCUGUGGGUAGUUGGGAGCAGCCAAUCCAUCUUCUGGACCUGCUCAACUUUAACCAGUGAGGGGUUGAAAUGCAGAUAGACCCUGUCCCUUGCAUUUGGAGGUCCAGCUGUUGUUGUCACACUAAUUCUUUUGUUUGGCUACAGUUACUGGACUCCACCAAACCACAGUGAGAGUUAUUAUCCCCAAAUAAAUUAAACUUUACGCAGAGGUUAAUCUGGUUAAAACACAUGGCAGAAAAGACAGGGAAGUCACCAAGGCUUCUAAAACAAUUCCUAAUAAUUGCAAAUAAGAGUAAUGGGACACUCACUCACUCACUUUCUCAACCACUAAUGCAAUUAGGGUCGGGGGGGGUGCUGGAGCCUAUCCCAGCUUUUCAAUGGGUGCAAGGCACACAGUAACACCCUGGACGCGGCGCCAGUCCAUCGCAGGGCAGACACACAUACACACAAACACACACACCCAUUCAUCUAUAGGGCAAUUCAGUGUCUCCUGACUGCAUGGUUUUGGACUGUGGGAGGAAACCGGAGCUCCCGGAGGAAACCCACGCAGGCACGGGGAGAACAUGCAAACUCCGCACAGACAGGACCCGGACCGCCCUGCCUGGGGAUCGAACCCAGGACCUUCUUGCUGUGAGGCGACAGUGCUACCCACCGGCAGACUAAUUAAAAUUUGAACUUUUUAACAAUGGACGUCUAGCUGCAUUUGGAAGUCUAGCUGCUGUUGUCACAGAAAUAGUCCAUAAACACUGACCCAAUGGAAACAGUGCCUGAAGAAGUGCAGAAACCAUUCAAUGUUGUAUUUUUUAUCAAGGCAGCUCUGCUACAAUCUAACUGAUUCAAAAGAAACAGCACUACCACU